UUGCUCUUAAGUGAUUAUUAAAGUCUUGCAUUUGCGUAACACGAGAUGUGGAGACCUCUGAAGGAUAUGUGAGACCCUGAGAGGAAGUUUGGGUGGGGGAGAGUCCCGUACUGAGACUGAUCCAGAGUCAGAUUUACAGAAGGCAGCUGUUGAGGGUUUGACAGACAGACGGAUCGGAGCACUGCUGCGUAACACAAGCAGAUUCGAGUCUGCAGAGGAGUGUGUCAGAUCCCACUAAAACAGCAAGGAUGGUGCGUGAGCAAUACCUCACCACCACAGAUGAGUCUGGGUCCCUGGCUCCAGUCACGGAGUACCUCUACAUGAUCGGCAUCUAUGGCUGGAGGAAACGCUGCCUCUACAUGUUCGUUCUGCUUCUCCUCAUCAUUCUGGUGGUGAACUUUGCCCUCACGAUCUGGAUCCUGCGAGUUAUGUGGUUCAAUACGGAAGGCAUGGGAUACCUGCAGGUCAAUGCAGAUGGCCUGAGACUGGAGGGAGAAUCGGACUUUCUGUUCCCUCUCUACGCCCAGGAAAUUGACUCCAGAGAGGAUUCAGCUCUUCUGGUGCAUUCCUCUGAAAAUGUUACGCUCAAUGCUCGCAAUGCCAAUGGUGAGGUAACAGGAAGUGUGUGCGUAGGUCCCAGUCAGGCCGAGGGUUUUGGCCAACACUUCAAUAUCAGUUCAAACCAUGAUGAAAAUUUGUUUUAUGCUGAUGCCAAUGGAGCUGCCGUGGGAAAAGGAAAGCUCCGUGUAACAGGUCCAGAAGGUGCUUUCUUUGAGCAUUCUGUUAGGACUCCUCUGGUAAAAGCUGUACUUAACAAAGAGCUAAGACUGGAGUCUCCAACACGCUCUCUCAGCAUGGAUGCUCCCAAAGGCGUUCACGUCAAAGCUUUGGCUGGAAAUGUUGACGUGACAGCACACUUUAAUAUUCAGCUACACUCAACUGCAGGACUGUUGAUUCUAGACGCUGAAAGCGUUCGUCUGCCGACAUUACCUGAGGGAGAAGCCAGAACUUCCGGCACCUCUCAGGAAAUGUACAACUUAUAUGAAGUGUGCGUUUGUCCCAGCGGUAAGUUCUUCAUCUCCAGAGCUGGCGUCUCUUCGACCUGCAGUGAGAACCAAGACUGCUGAAUGACCUUCUUCCCAUAAUACCCACACUAGAAAAAAAUGUUUUGUUACAUUGUCUC